AUGACUCCAGAGGACCAGCCCUGUCGAAGAAUGCAAGUCAAGGUGUUGUACUCUUUUGACAACAGCCCGACGGUGUUCUUGUCUAGGUCGAAGAACCAGUACUCCGUGAAAGUUGCUCAGAUCCCCAUUCCCCUGGCGACAGAGGAGGACAACAUAGUGACCUUGGGAGCCUUUGAUCUCAAGCAUUGCGUUCAGCAGAUCCUUAAGUCGUCACCUGAGCACUUCAAGCUCCAGGAUCAGGACUACGCUGUCUACUAUAAGGAUAUCACGGAACAACCAGACGAACCAUUUGUGGCCAACGGCGUGUUGUCCUCGUUGCUUUCUUCCAGUAAACAACAUCUCAUACCUGGCAGAGUGUGCCAAAACCUAUCUGCCUCGUUUUUGUUUGGUGACAAGGCAAACACGUCGUCGUUGACGUUGGAAAUCAGGCUCAAACUUAAUGUCAUCGACAAGACUCAGGACGAACAACAACAAAGGAAUAACACAGCGGAGAAGAUGAACUCUGCUAGCCAUUCAGCAGGGUCUCCACAAAAUCAGUCUUCUUUCUCCCAGCCGCCUCAGGCAGCUCGCAGAAACAGACCUGCGAAACAAGGCAUGUCAUCCUACUCCUCCGCCAUCAAGGCCACGAGAACAAAAUCUCUUCCGAUCUUUUAUCAUCCACCUAAUCGUCAUAUCUCCAAUAUCAUUAACGCAGAUAAGUCCAAUGUCCCUUCACGUUAUGAUAGCAAGAGCAUUCAGGAGCGAUUCAGCCUGGCUCCAUUCAUGCUGGCCAAGAUCAUCGACAAACCAGCAAGAAAAAGGCGUCGUUCCAACGUACCAUUGACACCAACGGUCCAGACUCCUGUCGACAAUAGCUUGCAGCCAAUGCGAGCCAUGAAGACAAGGUCUAUGGUGAGCCAUUCUAUUCCCUCUCAUUCGAUGAUCUCAUCUCCAAUUCAGGAGGAAUUGAUGUCUGAAGGUUCUGAUGAUACUGAGUAUCAGGAGAAUAGCCGACCAAUUGAUGAAGAGGAUGAAGAGGACGAAGACGAAUUUGACGCUCAAAAUGACACAUCCUCGUCUCCUUACACUCCACAGCAACCACCUUAUAAGCCUCACGUGGAUCAAAAGCAUCAUUCUAAUUCAAUUUUACCCAAUAGCGAUCCUUGUGAAUUCCAGUCGCUACCAGAUCUUGAAGAUCUAGAUAGCAAAAAAACACAUACUAUUCCAAGUACCAAAUUACCUCACGAUCAUGACUUAAUCUGCAUUAAUAAGAACUGUGCUGCUAAUGAUUCAAUUACGUGGCGAUUUUUCGAAACGAAGUUUCAUCCGAGCUAUCUAAACAUCCAACGAGCGGAAAAAUUCGACAAGUCUCUCUACGAUGGUAUGUUUGGGCCGUUGUGUAAUGCCUGCUAUUUAUUUUUGAGAAACAAGGGUUUUAUGCGUCCUGAGGCUGUUGUGAAGAAGUAUCUACAGCAACAAAAGUACAAAAAAGAUCUCAAGGUGAGAGAGGAUCUUGCUAAUCGUGGGCGCCCGACCUCAUCGCCAUUCACAGGGUCAAUGGUAGAUGUUCAUAAGUUCCCAACUCCAACGCAUGCGCCUUCAGCGAUCAAUGAAUACAUCAGAAAUCAGCACAAGGCUCUACCUAGUGUCAACCUCAGCAAGCAGCCUACUCCUCAGACGAAUGGACGCACUCCAACUGAUGUCUCAGACUACCAAGAUUUGAAUGAAUUUAUGAACCAACUUAACUCAUUUGGUGGUCCUCUCACAGAUAUCGAUUUACCACAGGACUUCCAAUCAACUAAAAAGGAUAAUACCCCUCCAGCAAUGGCAACCAAGUCCAACACUCGGGUGAUCAAUCUAUACGAGGAUGAAGAGGACAAGGAAAACCAGCCACCCAAUGUGGAAGAUGAUAUCAAUGACUUUGAUCAAAUGAUCAUGAAAUCAUUCAGUCUGCGCUCCAGCCCAGACCAACAGGAUUGGUCCCAGUUCUUUGGGGAGCCUACGCCAAAAGAUACAAACACACCUGGUGCAGGUCAAACACCCCUUGGUGACGCCAGUAAAGGGAUGAAUGUGAUCAGGAAGCCACAACAAAAGCUUGAUGGGCAGAAAGCCGCUGUGGUUAAUAUGCCAUCGUCACCCCUAUUAUCAAGCUAUGAUGAUAUUGCAAACAAGAAUCAAGAUGCGUCGAACAAGAACUCAUCACCUGGAUCAUCUGCAAGAAGAAAUGACACCACCAUGUCGUAUGUACAAGCAAAGUCAAGCCCGCAAAGUGAAAUUGGGAUAACAGAGGAAAAACAGGGCAUUCAUGGUGUAUAA